AUGACCACGUUGUUUCCGUGUACAGGCUACUCGUGCUCGUGUUCGCCGUUCGAGUGCGUUUGUGGAAGUAUAACCCCAGUCUACCCAGGACGCCAGAGUUCCUACCAGAUGGUUUCUCAGCAACAGCACCACCAUGAGUCACUGACGGUACAGAGUAACCACCACCAAUAUCACCAGGUUAACACGAGUCCGAAUAACAAUAACAAUGGCUAUCACCAAAUGAUGACGGGCAACGAAGCCCCAACCUAUAGUUGGCCCCAAGAGGCGGCCGCCAUGGAACAGUCAAGUCUUGGCUAUCUUUGCGGUACAGCGGAUCUCGUGCCUCAAGAGGUCUCGGCCUAUCCUACGGUGGAUGGCUUCGCCGGUGAUCUCUUUCAGCCAGAGGAGAUAUUUCAGUUGGAUCAGCCGAUUCGACCGGACUUUGCACCUAACAACAACAACAACAACAACAACAACAAUCAUAAUCACAAUAACGGCGGUGGCGGUGGUGAGGUUUCAUCGAGGUCGCCGUCGAGUCUGUUGGACCUGAGCAGCGGUACCAUAAAGUACGAGGUGCCGGACAUGCACGAGCAGACCUACUGGACUCAGCUGUUAAGCGAGGACUCGAGCAGCAGCCACGUGAGCGCUGCCCCGAAUCACGACUGCGACAGGGGAGACUGCGUCGUCGGACCUCUGCACGCCCAACAGAGCUACGAUUCCGCGAAUUACUUGCAAGCUCAAGCGAGCUGGCCAACGUCGGCUCAGCAGCCGCGGCCACCGACACAGCAGCACGAGCCUCAUGGCUACGCGAGCCAAUUCGAUUCCAGUCAAUCUAGUCAAUCCCCGGUGCCCGAGGCAACUCCCCCAUUUAUCGGCUACGAGGGUUACCACCACCACCACUCCUCCCAGAUGAUACAGCCUCAAUCCCCCAGGCAGGCGUACCAGCAACAGUUGAAGAAUCCCGAGGUGUGCUUCUACCAGCCGGAAGAUAGGUGCCACCAGUACAGCUGCGGCGAUCUUCUGGACAACCGGCUCACUCAGUCGGCCAGCGGUAUGGGAUACGCGCAAGUCACGGACUUGGAUUUGCCACCCUUCAUCGAUUACACGCUCGUUGGAAUGCUCUGCAAUUCCGGGGAGGAGCAUCAGUCGUUUCAACAUCAACAACAAUCACAGCAACCGCAGCAACAACAACAAUCGUCUCAGCAGACAGCACACAAUAGUCCGUCUAUUAUUCAGCCACCUUGUCAAGGCUAUGCAUCCCAUCACUAA